AUUCUUCUUGUAACAACUACUUCUUCUUCUUCUCCAACCUUUUUCAACGUAAGUUUGUUAUGCUUUGACAAUUUAGGGAUCUGAGAUUCAAGAAAGAACUCUCUUCUUUGAUUGACCCUUUCUUUGAAUUCCAUAAGCUUAUCAGUACCUUUAUCUGGUUUUUAUCGUUCUCUUCAUCACAGAUCAGUUGUUUGCUCCGUUGUCUUCAACUAGAUUGAGGUUGGUUCUUGAAGUGGAGGAAUAUCCAUUUCUAUGGGGGAAGCUCCAGCUUUCUUCGAAGAAGAUUUGCAGGGGGAUUUUUCGGAUGGGUUUGAUUUAAAAUCCAAGGGAUUGGAGACGGCUACCGUUGUCGGUGAUAAAAUAUAUGUAAUUGGUGGGACCGAUGACGAAUCAACAUCAACAAUUGACGUUCGGAUUUUAUACAAAUCUACGGGUGAAUGGGUCAUUCCCACUGUGUUGGGAACAAAACCAAAGCUGUCUAAGGGCCAUUCGGCUGUUCUUUUAAAUGAAGACCGAAUAUUGAUUGUUAAGGGGGAUUCCACUCCUGAUGAUUGCGUUUGGUCUCUUGAGGUGGACACAAAAUUUGUUAGAGAGCACAAUAAUAAUUUUGAAACUGAGGUGGUUGCUUGGAGUAGAGGAGUUAAAGGUGAUGUUGAGAAGCCCAUUGUUAUCAGUGGUCCUUCUGGAGUGGGUAAGGGAACAUUGAUAUCCGAACUCAUGAAGGAAUUCCCGUCCAUGUUUGGAUUUUCUGUUAGCCAUACAACACGUGGCCCGAGGGACAAAGAGAAGGAUGGAGUCCAUUACCAUUUCACUGAGCGAAGUCUAAUGGAGAAAGAUAUAAAAGAUGGAAAGUUUCUUGAAUUUGCCUCUGUUCAUGGAAAUCUAUAUGGAACCAGUGCUGAAGCUGUUGAGGUGGUUGCAGAUGCAGGAAAGAGAUGCAUACUUGACAUUGAUGUUCAAGGCGCAAGGUCUGUGAGGGCUAGUCCUCUUGAAGCCGUUUUCAUCUUCAUCUGUCCACCCUCGUUUGAGGAACUUGAGAAGCGCCUUCGUGCAAGGGGGACUGAGACAGAAGAACAGAUCCAAAAGCGACUCCGAAAUGCUAAGGCAGAGCUUGAACAGGGACAAUCACCUGGCCUUUUUGAUCAUAUCUUAGUAAAUGAUGACCUCGAUACCUGCUAUAAGAAUCUCAAGAAACUUUUGUGUCUUGAUGGAAGCAGCGGCAUUACCACCCCUAAAUCAUUGCCAAAAAUGUUCGUUCUGCCUCUGGACAAUUCAAUAUCAAAAAUUGAUCAGAAAAUCCUUAUGAACUGCGGAACAGCAAAAAUUGAGAAAGCAUCACAACUCAUGUUUGUGCUGGAUGUAUCUUCCCUCAAAGGAGGGGCGCCAGGGCGGACACGGGGGCUAAAUUUUUAUGCCAUAGACCCUUUUGCAGAUGGCUUAAAUGGAAUCAGACAGCUUAGCUGACGACUGAUUACUCUAGGUCCUCAGUACUAACUUGGUUUAUCAGUUUUGAAUUUUCUCUUUUUUCGUAACUGGAAGUAAGGAGGGUGAAAUUAUAGGUAUGAUCAUUUUACGUGCCCAACAUUCUUUAUUUGAGAACAGAGAUGAUUUGGACAGUUGCUUCCCGAUAGACGUGAAAUGACCGAUGGUUAUGAUUUGCAUGGCGAAUGCAGCUAUUUAGAUCAAGCCCUGUGGGUGUUAGACUUCUAGUUCAUGAAGAAUCAAACGAAACAAGAGGAAUAGCUUUAUGGUUCUGGAUAUUAUGAUGGGAAUUUUUAUUUCAGUUGGUUUAUGUUUGUUAAAGGGGGGGCCAAUGUUCAGUGAAAUUUAAGUGAUUUUAAAGGUUUUUUUUUGUUUUUUUGUUUUUUUUUGUGUAACAAAGGUGAUUCUGAAGUCUAUAUUUAAUUUAUGGCUUUAUGCUUUUUAACA